AUCUUGUGCUCCCUCACAGACUCUGACAGCAGGUCAGCUGUUGUAGGAAAGUUUUGACACAGUCUGAUAUCUUUCUGAGCCUGGUGUUUACUACGCGUCCUGCCUCAUUGGAACCGCAUUUCCUGCGUCCCCCGCCGUGUAAACUCAUCCGGUUUACGCCCAACUUUGAUCAUCUAUUUGUUUGCUGGUUUAUUUAUUAAUUUUAAGCAGAACUGGUGACUUGGACGAACUCUCGGGAUGAGUUUGAGCGAGCACUCCGCGCAGGCUCUGUCUUGGAGAAAGCUGUACUUGAGUCGAGCCAAGUUAAAAGCCACCAGUCGCACUUCGGCUCUGCUGUCCGGAUUCGCGAUGGUCGCCAUGGUGGAGGUACAGCUGGAGCGGGAUCAUAAGUAUCCUCCGGGGCUGCUGAUAGCCUUCAGUGCCUGUACCACCGUCCUGGUCGCGGUUCACCUCUUUGCCCUCAUGAUCAGCACCUGCAUCCUCCCCAACCUCGAGGCUGUCAGCAACGUCCACAACCUCAACUCCGUCAACGAGUCUCCUCACGAGCGCAUGCACUGCCACAUAGAGGUGGCCUGGGCUUUCUCCACAGUCAUCGGCACCCUCCUCUUCCUCACGGACGUGGUGCUCCUGUGCUGGGUCAAGUUCUUACCCCUGAAAAGCAACACUGAAGAAAACAACGGCACCAUGAGUUCUGGUGAGGCUGCAGCCAUUGCUUCCACCUGCAUCAUGGUGCCGUGGUUCCUCAUUUUUAUUGUGUUCGCCGUCCACUUUUACCGCACACUCGUCAGUCACAAAACAGACCGACAGAUCCGGGAGCUGGAGCAGGUCAUUCAGCUCCAGAACCAGCUGGACCACAGGGCUGAGAACGAGGACCUGAAGGUCGCUGUGCCUUUCCCCUAAAGAGAGCCGGUUAUCACACAACAGCAGCGGACAUUCAACCCGAAUCUCUGAUGGAAACCUUAGUUUUCCUGUCUGUGAAUUGUGCUCAGAUGCUUUUUCCUGAAGUUGCUUGUUACGUCUGUCGUCUGUUGCGGGUUUCGACUCGGUCCACUUUUGGAUCGUGCGUGUUCACAAACAUCCACAUGUUACAUAUUAGGAAAAUAGUUUCAACCUGAAGGUCAGUCUUUGUUUUGUAACAUUAUGUACUUACGGGCUAAAGCCACUUAAAGACUUCACAGCUGCUCUUGAGUUUACUGUUACGGGACAAUUGGAGGGACACUCGUUUGUUCUCAUUGGUCAAACAGCAGUUCAACAACAAUCUGACGUUGUUACAAGCUGUUGUUUCCACAGCUAAAAUUAACACACCUUUUUAAAAAUGGUGGGUCACUCUGAUGCGUUGGUGCAGGUGUUCAACCAAUCAGCAUACGUCUUUGUCAGUCAGGUCACUCUCGGUUCCUCCUGUGCUGGGGGACGACCUCCUCUAAAUCAGGAGCUAAAAUGUCCCUCAAAACUGCCAACGUUCCCAACUCUUCCAGUGCAGACACAAUGAAAAGGAGGGUCCUCCGGUCCGAAAACACCUUACGUUGUUGCUCAGUUGUCAUAACAACAGAAAACAGGACUUACUUCCUAAAGAGUCAUUUGAAUAUAACUCAAUGAGGCCAGAGCUUCUCUUCAUUAGCCCGUCUUCAAGAAGCCCGUUUUUAGUUCAGGUGGACAAAAGUUUUCACAUGUAGCUUCCACAAGUGAGUUUGUUCUGCGCUGGUCAUGGAUGUGUACUGUACAGGUGACCACCGCUGCAGCAUGUGUCCGUAGCCUUAAUGGCGUCCAAUGGUGCGCUGUGUUGUCGUCUCCCUCCACCAUGUUUGUCCAGAUUUAAAGUAGGCUUUGUAGGGAGCAUUACCAAGCCUUUGUUAUCGGUGCAGAUGUUCACAGUCGAGGUGUGAAUUCUCUGACUGAACCCUGAGAGAUAUUUGACUCAGCGUAUGCGUACUUUAAAGCCAAAGUUAUGGAACAAGUUACAUCACGUUUAUUUAGCCGACACUUUUAUCCAGAGUGACUCGGUUCGUUCAACUGAAACGUUUCGAGAAUCACGCAGUUACAAUCACCUCAUCAAAAGUGCUGAUUUGGUGCUGGUGGGAACUUUUAUUUUACUUACUAGUUAUUGUAGUUUUGGUUACAUUUUGUGCUUACAUUUUACUAUUUGCAUAAUCUUCAUUUUGCAAAAGCCUGUCUGCACGGGGAAGAAGAGGCAAAACAUUGUUUAGGUCCUCAACAAAACUAAUAGGUUAACGUUAACAUCCAACAGUAUUCAUGUGUAAUCUGAGGCAGAAGAAUCCAUCUCGGAUUUGUUUGAUUUUACAUUAGUUUGGCAUACUGUAACCUACGAAAAUGGUUGCUGGCUUUGAAGAAGUAUUGUUGAAUGUGUUAUUGCAAAGCAUGCACACACUGGAAAUGUUGUGUAUCAGUUUGUAAGUUUUGUGCCUUUCUUAGUUUACAGUUUGAGCACAGUGACACAUUGUUUGGCUUAUACAGCGUGGAUUAUAGGGUGUGUUGUCUCUGCCCUCUGGCACAUCGUUCAGCUCUUUCACGUGGCUCUAACCAGUUUCUUCACUUUCAUUUGUUUCCUUUACUCUAACAUUAGUCCAAAAACUCAAGCUCAGAUGUUUAGAACUGGAUGACACCCAACAAAUGUUGGCAGCACAUCCCAUCCCUUGUAAUUUCACAGUUAUGGGACUAAUUAAGGAUAAUCUUAUUUUAAGGAUUAUCUUAUCUUAUCCCAUAACACGUGCUGUCAGAAAUCUUUGACAGUAUGAGAUUUUAAAUAUUUGAGGAUAAUAUUUGUAUCAAGGCUUUGCUGUAAAAAUGUAUCCUAAAAUGAACGUGCCACAGCCACAUGAUAAUAUUUCUGUGAUGUGCAGCAGAAAACCAGGAGCUUUAAGGUUAAUAUAUCACAGAUGGUUUUUCAUUAAGACUUUUUAUAAAGAGUGAAAAGAAGUUUAUUCAGGUUACCUGCACACACACUCUGGGACAGUUGUGCCACAUGUGCCUUUUUUUAAGAAAAAAGAAAACAGAUCAAUGCAAAGAAAAGCAUUUUUCUUUAGUUCAUUUUGUGGUUUGUUUAUUGAAAUAUAUGAAGAUGGCCGACUGACACGUCACCACUUCCUCCCAGUGUACAAAAGUGAAGUCAAAAUAUCAUGGAUACGAGUACUGCCAUCUUGUUUUGGUGAUGUCAUUUGGAGCCAGAGUCUGUGCAGUAGUGAUCAGGGGGUGGAGCCACCAUAUCGAGUUCCCGCCCCCAUACUUAUCUGAGUCAGUCAGGAGCAGCCAAUCAUACUCAGAUAAAUGAACACUUGAACAUACGUCAGUGUGAUAAGAACUACCUAAAAUGACUGAAACUCUCUUUGGGAAACUUUAAUUUGACGUGUGCUUUGAGUUUUUAAUUUGGCCCACUUCCCAUCUGCUGACAGCUUAUGAGGUGUACUGCAGCCAGACACCAGGGGGCGAUCAGGAUGUUUGGGCUUCACUUUUGCACAGCUCUCAUGUCGUCCAUCUUCAUAUACAGCCAAUGAGUUAACCCUGUGUAUGUUACUGUAUAUAGACGGGUCCCACUGCUUGUGUCAGUGCACAGCUUUAAAGUGACUUUAGUUAAUACUGUGUUGUCAGAUUUGUUCAUGUGUGGCGUAAGCAGCUCAUGAAGCUGCAGAUUUUACUGUUAUGAGUCACCAGGAUUUUUUUUUUGUUGUUGUUGUUGUUAUUAGUUUGAGAAUAAAACACAUCUGAGGUGA